UUUGGAACGCCUGCUCGAUUUUGCAGUUCUCGAGCCUUGAAAAUGGCGCCAGUGGCAUGUGUCAGUAACUUUCUGUAAUUCCAAAGGAACGGAGCACAUAUAGUAAGGGAACAAAAUGCCUUCGGCAAAUGGAGCUGUACCGAGCACAUUUUCAUUCGAGAGUGUGCAAGAUGUGAAUGUCGUAGAGUUCUGUCCAUUUGAUAAGGCAGCAGGUCUUAUUGCUUAUGGUGGCGAAAACAGAGUAGCACUGGGCAUGUGUCUUUUCCAAGAGGAGGCCCAAGACAGUCACCUUCCUCUUCUGCAGUUUAAACAUAUCACAGAUUUUCAUCAUGGAACAAGUGUUCUGUCUAUUGCCUGGUCUCCUAAAACAAACAUUCAACACUUACCUUAUUCUUUCCAGUUCUGUACAGCAGGAGAAGAUAGAAAGCUUCGUUAUUUCAUUUCUGAUGGCAGGGAUUCAUCAACAGUGACCACUUUAGAAGGACAUCUAAGUUACGUUAAUGAUUGUGUUAUUGAACCAGUAACUGGCCUCAAUGUGGCUAGUGUUAGUGAUGAUCAUACUUGUCGGCUGUGGGAUCUGGAGACUGGAGCACAAAAGACAUCCAUUCCUCUUGGGUCAGCUGGAAUGAGUGUUAAAUGGAAUCCUGUUGAACCAAACAAGCUGAUGGUGGCUGAAAAGAAUGGAAUAAUAAGAUUUUAUGACUUGGUGAGCCAGCAGCCCAUCAUGUCUCUCAGCACUGAGCAACUUCCUCUUAUCUCAGCUGAUUGGUGUAAGGCCAAUGCUCUGAAAGUUGGAGCAGUAGCUAGGGAUGACUGGCUUAUCUGGGAUAUGUCAAAGUCAAGUCUACCAGAAGUUGCAGAACAGGCUCAUUUAAAAGGAGUAUGCAAAUUUAGAUGGUCACAUGUGCAUGAGAAUCUGUUUGCUACCACUGGUCGUCCUGGUAACCACAUCAAUGUUUAUCACAUGGGGCACCACAAGAUCCCUGUGUCAUGCCAGAUGCCGACUGGAGGAGGACUUUCAUGGCACCCUUUUUUACCUGUAUGUGCCUCAGCUGGAGGGAACAAGGUGCAUUUAUGGUUCUUAGAAGUAUAAUGAUCAAAAUAGAACUGACAGAAGUAAUGAAGGUGAAUAAUUACUUUCUCCUCACACCACAGAUGGAAUAGACAUGAACUCCAAAACAACCUUAAAAACAUUUACGUACAUAAAAUGUAGCAUAUUUGUUUUUCAAUAAAAAUAAAAAAGGAGAGUUAACUGUGUUUAACAAUA